GGAGCACACUCGAAAACCACACCAUUCUCAGAAGCAAUAUCGGGCUGUCGACAAGAGCUCCAUCGCCACUUCUGCCUCUUCAGCUUCCGGCUAUCGGCGAAGCAUUCGAGACUCUGGCACUUGCUGCGAAACCUGAAUUAGAACAGUCUCGGUGUCUUCCUAUACCUCAGAAGUUUUCAAGGUGAACAUGGCUUCCUGGACCAUCUUCGCGUGUGGGAUCGUGGCCAUGUUUGUGGUCUUCGAAUGCUGCGUAGCUGAUCCCGUGCUGGUUGGCGGCUGGACUAAGCACAGCGUUGGUGACAACGCGCUGUUCGAGGAACUGGCGCACUUCGCCGUAUCGCGACAGGUCGGCGACCGGGAGUUCUUCGACACCGUGCUCGAACUGCUCGAGGCUGAGAGCCAGGUUGUGGCUGGUACAAACUACCGAAUAAAGUUCAAGACCACCGAAUCAACCUGUAGGGUAACGGAUACAUACAGCAAAGAGGUUUGCCUCCCUAAAUCCAGAGAGACGGUCAAGGAUACUUGCAGCGCUGUCAUCUACGACGUGCCUUGGCUGAAUGAACGAUCGGUGUCCUCUUUCACCUGCGAAGGAAACACUGUUUCCACGUAAAGAAACAAACUUAUGACAUCUCGACAAUGUAGCAGUACUCAUUCUAUUACGAUCCUCUCUUUCCGUGUAUUGAAUGUCAUAUAUGGAAUAAACGGCCGGCUAGUGCCACUUUAGUAAA